GUAUGCCCCCGUGCCAUUCCGGUCCGUCUCGUCGCUCGAUACUCGUCUCCCUCCACAGAAAGGCUAAUGGCGACCGCCAUGCGGAGCGCCCGCCUCCUACGGCUCGGCUUCUGUCACGUCCCUUCUCUUCUCUUCCGAGGGCCCCUGUUCCCCUCCCCGAGCCCGGGCCUGGGCCUGGGCCUGGGCCUGAGCGUUGCCAGGGUCGGGUUGGUCCAUCUCCGAUGCUCGGCGGCCGAGGCCGGCGACGGCAGGGGUAAGAAGGUGUCAGCGCGACUAGCACUGGCACAGCAGGUGAUGCGCGACGCCGAGGAGCGCGCGGCCUCAGCCGGCUCUGAUCCCGCCCCCAAGAUCACCAUGGAUCAUGUUACUGUUAGCUUUGCAAGAAGUGGGGGCGCGGGUGGUCAGAAUGUUAACAAAGUUAAUACAAAGGUUGACAUGCGGUUCAAUGUUGAGAAAGCUCAUUGGCUCGGAGAGAGGAUUAAGGAACGGAUAUUGCAAACGGAAAAGAACAGGAUAAAUAAGGAUGGUGAACUUGUGAUGUCUUCUACGAAAACUAGGACACAGAAGGGCAAUAUUGAAGAUGCUUUGCAGAAAAUACAGGCGAUCAUUGAUGCUGCAUCAUAUGUUCCCCCACCGCCUUCAGAAGAGCAAAAGAAGAAAAUUGAAAAAAUGUAAGCUGCUUUCUGGCCAUUUGCUUCCUU